CGUAGAUGAAGGAGAAGAAUCAGCCGUGGAUGGAGACAAGUUGCAUUUAUCUUGAUGCAAGGCUGCAGCGUGUGAGCUUUUGUGUUUGGAUGUCUGUGUGGGGGUGUGUGCGCUAGUCCCCUUGGAUGAGCACACGCGUCUGAGGAUGCAGCUGGGAGCAUGAGUUCUGACCAGGAGGAGUAUGACAUGGUCUGUCAGAAAGCUGUGACCCUAAUUGUUGACCUCUGCCUGCACAACAGCACCCUGUUGGAUCAGGAGACCUGUCAGGAUUUCCUCUUCGUCUUGACCAGCCAGGGCUUUGAUCACAAAGACGCAGACGCUACUUUUGGCCUUGUGCUCGCUGUGUUUCUUGUUUGCGGCCUCGUUCUGCUGGGCCUUCUCACGUUUGUCUCCUGGAAGCUCUGCUGGGUGCCUUGGCGGAGCAAGGCCCAGUUCCCAAGCCCGUCUCUCAGCCCGGCCUGUGGCCCGCAGCACUGCCCGCUCCAGCCACCCCUCCCGCUGGCCAGUCCCCAGCAGCAAGCGAUCACCAUGGCGACAGAGAAGGUGAAAGACCCCGUGGGUUCGAUGGGCUUCCUGGAGGCGGCCGUGAAGAUAAGCCAUACUUCCCCCGACAUCCCCGCCGAUGUGCAGCUCUCCAUGAGGGAGCACUUCCUGCGCCGCACACAGCGCAUGCAGAGGCAAACCACUGAGCCGGCCUCCUCCACACGGCACAAUUCAUUCAAAAGACACCUCCCCAGGCAGAUGCAGGUGGGCAGCUUAGAUCUGGGAAACGACUACGUGGUGGACAGGGAAGAAAAGCCAACCAGCCUGGGUCGCAUCCAGCCAGAGCUCUACCAGCAGAAGGGCUCGGAGUCAGAGGAAUCGUCCAAGAAUGGCGGCGAAAAAAACUGUGGCAGGAUUAACUUCUCGCUCAAGUAUGACUACGAAAAUGAGGCGUUGCUUGUCAAUAUUCUCAGGGCCGUUGACCUACCUGCCAAGGACUUGUGUGGCACCUCUGACCCUUAUGUGAAGGUCUACCUGCUGCCUGACCGCAAGAAGUUCCAGACGCGCGUCCACCGGAAGACGCUCAAUCCCACGUUCAGCGAAAGCUUCCAGUUUCCUGUGCCUUAUGACGAGCUGCCCGUCAGGAAGCUACACAUGAGCGUCUUUGACUUUGACCGAUUUUCCCGGCAUGAUAUGAUCGGGGAAGUGGUGCUGGAGAAUUUGUUCGAGAUGUCGGACCUGUCGAGGGAGACGAACAUAUGGAGGGACAUCCAGUAUGCUACAAGUGAAAGCGUUGACCUUGGGGAGAUCAUGUUCUCACUCUGCUACCUGCCCACCGCUGGCAGACUCACACUAACCGUCAUCAAGUGCAGGAACCUCAAGGCCAUGGACAUCACUGGGUACUCUGAUCCCUAUGUCAAAGUAUCGCUCAUUUGUGACGGCAGACGUUUGAAAAAGAAGAAGACGAGCAUUAAGAAGAACACCCUGAAUCCCACCUACAACGAGGCCAUCAUCUUCGACAUCCCUCCAGACAGCAUGGACCACGUCAGCCUGCACAUCUCUGUGAUGGAUUAUGAUUUGGUGGGUCAUAAUGAGAUCAUUGGUGUGAUGAGGGUUGGAAGCCAUGCUGAGGGACUUGGCAGGGACCACUGGAAUGAAAUGCUGGCUUAUCCACGGAAGCCUAUUGCACACUGGCAUCCCCUCCUGGAGUCCAAGAAAUCUGAGAAGGAGUGGAAGGCGAGAACUGCCAGCUUUGACAGCCAGGGCUCCUGCCCCUCACCGAGGCCCCCUGCUAGUCCCUGAGAUGAGCUACCUGCGACCCAGCGGCCCAGAAGAGGUUUCCUCCCUCCUCUUGAUCCACUUCCUGUCUGUGUGCUUGAGGAGAAACACAAUCCCACCGUCUUUCCCUUCUCCCUCUCUCUCUAUCUCUCACUCCCAGUCCCUCCACUUCCUCAAAUCUAGUCCCAGAGCACUCCCAAGUACUGAACUAGGACUUUCUGUCUGUCAGCUAAGAGAAGCUCAGGCUUUUCUAAGCGUGGCUGGUGUGAUGGCCUGAAGCUAGCAUUGUUUUCUAGGAGACUGGCUGGAAAUCCUGUCUGCAGACAUUGAUUGUUGAUUUGUCCAAGCUUAGGUAAAUCGAGCUUGUUGGCAUCACAAAGGACCUGGAAAAACAGAGGUUUUAACUAUGAGCCAUGGGGUCUCUUUGAUGGAAAAAGCCCUGUCGGAUAUCACUCCAUGAAAGCAGCGGAUGUUUCACAAAGGGAAGCUGAGCACAUGUUGCCAAGGAAGGG